AUGUCUCCCAAAAGCCUAACCCCACCGCCUAUACCUACGCCUGACGCUCUUGACGCGGACGUCGUGAAGGGGUUUUUCACUCAACUCAAGUUGUUGACUUCCACGGCCGGGUUUGAUGCUAUUUCAGCUGUUUACGACCAAAACACAAAAUUACACAGCGAGCUUAAAUCCAAGGAUCUUGAGCUUGCAAAGGUUAAAGAGGAGAUGAGCGAACAGGAAAAGAGGAAAGACAUAGCACUCAAUGAGAUGUUUGAAGCCAACGACAAAGAAAAGAAGAGACAUAAAGCAACAAAAGAACAAGUGCUGUCUCUUCGAAUGGACAUCGGUGAAAAAGAGAAGCGCAUCUCAGAGCGGAAUCAAGCCAUAGAUGAGCUUGAAAAGCAGGUGAAGAAUCUUCACUUGGACAAUGUCAAGGAGAAGGAAAAGCUGGCGCAUGCUGAACAAAAGAACAAUACCUUACAAGAAAGUGUUCAAGGCAAGGAAUCCACCAUCAACAAAAUGAAAUCAGCGGGUGGAGAGUUGAAAGAAAAAUUAGCUGCCUCCAAAAAGAGAGUCAAAGAACUAGAAGAUGAGACUGCCUCUCUCAAGGGAUCGCUAGUGACAACCCAAGCACGCCUUACAAAGUUAGAGGGUUUCACUGCCGGGUAUAAUGAGGCAAACGAAGAAUCAGUAAUCGAGAGCUUUAUUGGCCUUUGGGACUAUGCCAAAACCGAGAUAAAUGCCCAGUUGAAAACGAAUCUUCCCAGUGAUACUCUUCGGAAUCUUUCAGCCUGGGAGAAACUUAGACAAUGCGAAUUGGCUCGGACUCAUCAAAUUCCUCUACCAUGUUCCAACACAGAGGCAGCAAAGCAGAUGCGGCUUGUCUUUACUUUAGCUAUUCUUGCGAGAGAGAUUGACAAGCAUAUCCUCCUGCCAACGUAUACCACACAGCCAGAUGAUCAAUUUCGAAAGGUUCUCACCAACCAAGCGGCCCUAAACAGCGAGAAAGAAUCAUUUUGUCGGUCGAUCCUUCUGUCAAUGGACACCGAAUCCCAGAUGAGAACAUGCUUCGUGGGUACCCAAAAUGUGGUAAUAGCCGUAUCAGCAUACCUCGACGAGUUACUCUCUGAAGAUCAGCGCCUUACAUUCCACAAAGCUCUCGGCAAGGUUGCGCAGAGGGCUGUAGAUGUCUGGAAGCCAAUCCAGCGUAUGAAACGCAGAUAUGAGCCGGACUUUGAACCGCCAACCACUCAUAAUGCUCAUGAUGAAUGUGAGGCCUUUGUGUUUCCCGGUCUAAAGGAUACCGCAACAGGGACUAGCACCAAACUAAAAAAACAAAAGGAAGUUGCCUUGGCGGUGUUCCCUCGGCUUUCAGUCAUAGAAAAUGGCAUGAGUACAGCAUAUACUGCUCUUAUACAGCUGAGGAGCUCGCAAGACCAAUGGAUCGCUGCGGAAAACGAGAUGGAAAGCGAGCCACCAAGUCCUACUAUCGGACGUACGUUUGAACGGCGGAAGGCAUCAGCCAAGCUGAAGAACCUGUCCCUUCAAAUUGGAAAUUCAUAG